AUGGAGAAGGCUUUCUUCAAGAUGACAUUCUUGGCCCUCCUUCUAUUCAUUGCAACUUGUGUGUCAUUUUCAGCUGUAUCGAGAGCAGAUGGAUCCGUGUUUUUGCCGUGUAAAAGUGACUCAGACUGCCAAGCUAUUGAGUGUGCCAGCGGCACUGCCCGUUGUAUUAACAACAAUUGCGAAUGCGACUCUACCGUGGAAAGCAUCUUAGCUUCAGAUUGUAAACAUGACAAGGAUUGCGUGAAUGGGCCCCGUUAUAUAGAAUUGGUGUUUGAAAGUGUUAAGCCCGAGGACCUAAUAUUAGUUCUGAUUCCUGAAUUGACGCAGCAAAAUGCCUUCGUGAUAUUGACUGCUCCUUUCAAUGUCCUUCGGGACGUGGUGUCUGUACUGAUAAGACCCAUGAAUGUUUUUGCUUGCCACCCGAAGAAACGUCUGCCGGAUCCACAUUACCCACUGCUUGCACUCGCAAUGGAGGAUGCACUAAGAUCAGCAGCAGAAUGUCAUCGGGAUAUCGAAUGCUCCAGUCAACCCGUAGAAACAUCUGCAGAAUCCAUAUUACCCUCUGCAGCAAGAGAACUGUCUUGUAAAACAACCAAAGAUUGUGACCCAAAGGAGAAGAUGGAAUGGUAG